GUUUUAUUUAUUCCACUUCUGCGUUUGAAUUACACUUCAAAUAAUAAGAGGAAAUUAUGAACACCAUGAAUCUACUUAUCGUUACCUGCAUCGUCCUUGCACUUGUGUGCCAGUGUGCCGCCAAGCCUGCAAAACCGUGUUCAAAGGAGACCGAAUCCGAGGAAAGCAAUAGCGGAUGCGACUCAAGUUCCCAUGGGACCGAUUCCGAUGAUUCAACGUAUAAAGUCGUCAUAAACAUUAUAGAUGGAGGCAGUAGCAGUUCAAGCUGUGAGGAUGGAUGCCCUGAUUGCUCAGUAACGGACCAUGCUCAGUGCAACGAAGAGACCAAACAAUGCGAAUGUAAAUUCGAUGGCGAGUUCCCCAAUUGCUACAUCAAAGAUUAG